CAAUAAAUAGACACUUUCCGAUGCCCAAGAAAUCUUUAGGUAAUGCCCAAUAUACCUAAUUUGUACAAGGUUACAGCCACUUCCUCUUGAAAAUAGUCACCUGUCUAGGCAUCUAGUCCUUUCUAUCGAAGUGAAUACCGAACUAGGAAGAUAUAUCUAAUAUUCAAGGUUGAUUUAGCUAUUUACUAGCUCGUAAAGCUAUGGCUCACCUGUAAAGCUAAAGUUCAGCCUCUCUCGGUGAGUACUCAGACCUCAUAUACCUGUCUGGAGAGGUAUAUAUAUUUAAGCCGAAGUUUCUUCUUUCUGUUCCCUUUUCUACCAUUGGCCUAUCCUACAACCGGAUAAAUCCGAGUCGAUAAAAAAACCGCCAUCAUGUCGUACAAGAUUGCCGCCCCGGACGAGUACCUCGCCGUCACGGGUAUGGGCGUUAAGAGUGUACUCAUCACUAAAGCAGCUUGGGUAUGGCCACUCCAGAGAUGCACAAGAUUCUCGGUUCAGCCUCAUGAUUAUGCCAUGAACCUCCAAGCGAUGACGAAGGAGAAACUUCAAUUUCUUCUUCCUGUCGUAUUUACUAUCGGACCGGAUGUCAAUAACCGAGGAGCCAACUCCAAGGCCCAUAGGGCCAAUGCGAGUCCACGGUCAGGGCAGGCUGCAGACAAUCGUGCACUAGAUGAAGACCGCGGCGACUCUCUGAUGAAGUAUGCCAUGCUAUUGGCCGAGUCGACCGCCCAAAAGCAGGGCUCUCAAUAUCUCGAGAAUAUCGUUAAAGGUAUUAUCGAGGGUGAGACCAGGGUAUUAGUAUCGUCCAUGACCAUGGAGGAGAUUUUUACGGAACGUGAGGAAUUCAAACGCCGUAUCUUCCGUAAUAUCCAGGGCGAGCUCGACCAAUUCGGCCUUAAGAUCUACAACGCAAACGUUAAGGAAUUGAAGGACGCGGAAAACUCCACCUAUUUCCAAUCACUCUCACAGAAAGCCCAUGAAGGUGCUACCAAUCAAGCCCGCAUUGACGUCGCGGACGCGCAACUCCGCGGUAAUGUCGGUGAGGCCGAGAGACGCGGCCAACAGGAGCGAUCAAUCGCGAAGAUCAACGCAGAAACGGCCGUUCAGAAAACGGACCGUGAUGUUGAGCGUGCAGCUGCCGAGGCCAACCUUGCAACGCAAAAGACGAUACUCAACCGAGAUGUCGAAAUCGCACGAAUUCAAGCAACACGUGCUACUGAAUCGCGAGACGAAGAUUUGAAGAAAGAAGUCCAAGUCAAGCGUGCAGCAGCCGAACUCGAACGUCUGCGUGCCGUCGACGUCGUUAAGGCUUCGAUUGCCCGUGAAAGCAAGCAACACGCUGCUGAUGCCAAAGCGUACGAAAUCGAAGCCGAUGCACGGGCCAACUUCGAAAAGUCCACGAAGACAACAGAUGCAAAAGCCUAUCAGACCCGAAUCGAAGCGGAGACGCAAGCGGCGGCUGAUUAUAACAGAACCACGAAGCAUACCGACGCUGCGGCGUACAAAACGAAGAUGGACGCUGACGCGCUGAACCACGCGGCGAUUAAGAACGCCGAUGCGGAUUUGCAGAAGAGAUUGAAGGAAGCAGAGGGAUUGACGGCAAUGGCUGGGGCUUACGCUAAGAUGAGCGAGGCGUUCGGUGGCCCAUCCGGUCUCUUACAAUACAUGAUGAUCGAGAAGGGCACAUACGUCGAGCUCGCCAAGGCCAAUGCUGCUGCAGUACACGGCAUGCAACCCAAGAUCAGCGUAUGGAAUACCGGUUCCGAUGCUGGUUCGGCUGGUGGUCAGGGAUCCGGUCAAGAUUCUGCAGCGACUUUGCGAAAUGUAUAUCAACUCCUCCCUCCACUUAUGUCGACCAUUCACGACCAAACAGGCAUUACACUACCCGAAUGGCAGUUUGGAAAAUUGCCCCAAAACGAGGUAGCGAGGCGAGACCAUGGCAAGGUGAAUGGGGAGAAAUAAAGAGAAAUAAGGUAGGAAAUCUCCCACGGAACAGCCCAUCGUUUUCGCAUUUUCUUUUCAGUUUGAUUCCCUUUGCUUUUUGCAGAUAGACCAGACAUGUAUUCUCUAUGUAUUCCUAUGUAGCAUUGCGUAGAGGUGUUAGCAUGUGUGUUUGUUGAUACCUCUUCGUAUUUUAGAUAUUGAAAUUGAAUAUACGUAGUUAAUUAAA